AGGUCUGUGGAUAUGGGCGCCGUGAACCAAAGUUUGAGGAAAGGCAAAGAAAGGGAAGCGUGCUCAGCCUUCUAGGAGUUCAAGUGGUACAACAGUAAGCUCGCACAACGAACUUGCUAUGUACCAAGGGGUGCCAUGCGAUUACGACGACGACGACGUGGAGUUUGACGUCCUCGGAUGGUGGAAGCGGAACGAACACAUGUUCUCAUGUCUCGGAAUGCUAGCAAGACAAGUGGUGUCCGUCCCG